CGUGUUCGCUUUCGGUAUGCGUUUUAUAUGUAUUUUUUUUGAUGUAUUGAAAUUAAGUUGAAUUGUUUAAACAUGGCGGGUUUACCACCGGGGGAUCCUCAGCUCGUGUCAAUGAUAGUGAAUCACCUGAAAACACAAGGACUAUUCGACCAGUUUAGGAGAGAUUGCCUGGCAGACGUUGACACGAAGCCCGCUUACCUGAACUUGAAGCAAAGAGUGGACAACUUUGUCUCCAACCACCUGUCCAACCACACAUGGAGCCCUCAGUUGAACAAGAACCAGCUGAGAAACAACAUCCGACAGCUCGUGUUGCAAUCUGGGAUGCUGGAGCAAGGGGUGGACAGGAUCGUGGCCCAGGUGGUGGACCCCAAAGUCAACCACAUCUUCAGGCCGCAGGUGGAGAAGGUGGUCCACCAGUUCCUGUCGCCUGGCACCAGCAGCGAGGAGCCGCCGCCGCCGCCCCCGCCGAUCCCAGCGACGGAGACCAAAGCUGACGUCAUUAUUCCUCAGCAGGCCUCAUCGUCUACUCCGACGUCCACCGCAGACGCCAUGUCCAUCCUGGACGCCAUCACCUCUCUCAGCCAGGAGGCCAACGUCAGGACCGCCGAGAAGGUCCGCAAAGUCCCCGAUGGGCCCGCGGAGGACGGCGAGCAGGACAUGGACCUGGACGAGGACGCAGAGAGGAAGACGGCCGAGGACGAGGCGCAGGAAGCCGAGGCGCAGCGGUCCGUGGAUGACGGCGCUGCGGAUCAGAUGGAAGUAGAGAAAGAAAUCCCCUCGGAGGAGAUGAAGAUGGAGGAGGAAGGGACUCCCGGCGAAGACCAAGCUGAGGACAAACACAAAGCGGCCUGUAAAACAAGCGGGAGACCUUCUGAGGAGAAGAAGCAGCAGCAGGAGGAUUCAAGUCAGGCCAAAGAGAAAGCCAGAGAGAAGAUUAAGGAAGAGUACUCUUUAGAGGAUUCAGACUUGGAUGGCCUGAGCGACAUCACAGUGAGCUCCGUGCACACCAGCGACCUGUCGUCGUUUGAGGGGGAAAGCGAAGACGAGGCGCCGCUGUCCGAUUCCUCCGAGGAGGCCGAGAAUUCAACGGAUGGUCUCAAACCCGAGAAGAAGGAGGCAGGCGGGGACACGGGAGACGAAGGCAAAGAGAGUAAACCACGCCGCAAGGCCUACGUCCACAAGCCCUUCUUGUACUCCCGUUACUAUAGCGACUCAGACGACGAGGUCACUGUGGAGGAAAGGCGGCGAUCCGUAGCAAAGGACAAAGAGGAUCGUCUGCUCAAAAGGCAGCAAAACCGAGAGCGGAUGGAAGAGAAGCGCAAACAGAAAGCUUUGCAGUCUGAAGAGCAAGAUCAGAAAAAGAAGCAGAAACCCCAAGCCAAGGAAGCCCGCAAAGAGCAGAAAGUCCUGGAGAAAAAAAUGGCCCUGAGCAGAAAGAGGAAGCUUGACUCCAGGAGAGAGGAUGACGUGGCCAGCAAGAAAAAAACGGACGCAGAAGAAACAUCUAAGAAGGCGGAAGCGAAAACCCCGCCAUCUCGCAGCCUCCAACAGAAACCGGCGAGAAACCCGUCCGAGUCGUCUGAAGAGAGGCACCGGAGGAUGAGCGGCAGCGUCUUGGAAGAUUUAAGCGACGCCAAGAAGAUACCAGACAAAAACCGCACGCACUCCUUCAUCUUGGACCUCGAGCUCGGCUCUCAGGAGGCGCUCAGGCAGCGUACCGUCGGGAAGUUUGACCGGCCAUCACGCAAGGUGCGCAAAGAAAAGCCAGAGGAGUCAGCGAAGAUCAAACCAAAGCAGGAGAAGAAACCCGAGUCUAUGGUGACUGAACCCCAGCAGAAGGAUGGCGGGCCUGUAAAGGCGUCCUCCGAUGAGAAGAAGCCCAAAGUGAAAAGUGAAAAGAAAGUGGCAAAGGAACAAAAAGCGUCCGAGGCCGAUGAAGCGGCUAAAGAUGCGUCAGCUAAGAAAAUGAGGUCUCAGUCUGUCGAGGUGAUCAAAGCAGAGAAGGACAAAAGUCGAGAGAAAGAUAAAGACAAAAUGAAAGAAAAGGCCAAAGGAGAUAAGUUGUCAGUAAAAAGUGAUUCCAAACAACUCCGGCUGGAAUCUUCCGCCUCCUCUGAGGACCGGCCUGAGGUGGGACCAGGCGCAGAAGGCGGAAAGAAGAAAGAGAAACACUCCAAGGACACCCUGAAAAGGUCCAAGAGCCACAGCGAAGAGCGGCAAGGGGACAAAGCCAAAGUGAAAGCCGAUGGCAAAGACAAAGAGAAGACCAAAGCCGAGCAACCAAACAAGCCUGACAGCGAAAAGUCCCCAAAAAGAGUCAGGCCUGCAGAGAAAGGAAAAACCACGGAAAAAUCCAAAUCCAAAGAGGAAGCAAAGUCAAAGCCGGACAAGAAAGCUCACAGUUUGGAGGCUCGCGGGGCCAGCAAAGGUGAGAUAAGCAAGGACAAGAAGAAGGAGGGAAGUGUGAAGGAGCAGAGGAAGCCCUCUGAGGAGCCUGACAUGAAGACUGCAAAGAAGAAAAUAGACAAGAAGGAGAAAGUUCUGGAGAAGAACCACGAGGAGAAGAAAGCAUCCCGUGAAGACAAAGCGGAGAAGUCCUCUCUGGAUGUCGUGGCUCAGGAUGCGCAGAAGACAUCUCUGCUCAAAGACGACACGGAACCCGUCACGGUCACUGAGGAGCCUGCCGUGCCUCCGGAGGCCGACGCCCUGCUGACGCUCAUGGACGUCUGCGCCUCGGCCAUGGACGCCAGGCUCCACGCGGCGACGGGCGGCGUAGAGCACGCCCCCGCGGAAGCGACGCUUCAGGACGCCGACAUGAAGAUGAAGGAGGCGGCCCUCACGCUGCUUUCCAUGGACCCCGACAGCGCUCUGUCUCCCGGCUUCAUGAGGCAGAAAGCGGCGGCGUCCCCUGGGAGUGGCACGGAGCGCCAGAAACCGGAAGCUCUACAAACCGCUGCUGAGUCAUCGCCUGUGGACACGAAUGCUGGAAAAUCCAGCAGUGAUGACAACUAUGAAAUGGACGCAUCAUGUGCUGAAACGGCUCCUCAGGAUGACACCAAGUCACAUGACUUUCAGGAUCCUCCAGGUGAGGCAGCGGCCAACGGUGCCGAGACGGCACCUGACACAAAGUCAGCAUCGACCGAGAAAGAUGAAAUUAUGAAGGAAAGCACGCCUGACCUUUCCUGCGGGACGCCUGCGUUGGAGCAUGUUCCCGGUCCGCACGAGCAAAGCGAGGUUGCAGACGCAAACAGCAAAGCUGAAGAGGGGCUCGCCGAGGAGGAGCAGAUGGACGUCAGUAAUCGUGAUGCUGAAGUAACGACACAGGAGGAAGAAAGCUUUGCACAAACCGUGGAACUCGGCGCUCCACACACACAACUAGACUGUGGAAGUCAAGUUGUAAAUCAAGCCAAAAUGUGUGACCCAGGUUGCAUCAUCCAGCAGCAAAAGGAGUCAGACACGUCAAAUAAGUCUGAGGGACGAGGAGGACGUAAAAGAAAGAUGUCCAACCAGAACAUUGCAUCUGCUCUGGACUGCAGUAAUAUUGCUGAUGCAUCACAAUUUAGCAAUGCAGCAGGCCAGGAUGGAAAGGAACCAUCUUCUGAGGAAAAAGAACAAGCAGAGGUGAAGGUCAAGUUGCCGCGCAGGGGACGAUCUUCUAAAGCGGCAGAAGAAGUAGCGCAGGAGGAGAUGAAAACAUUCGAGAAAAUGGGGCCGACUCCCAGUCGCCGAAGGAGACGCUCUGCAGCCAAAUCUGAUGACUUGAGCAAAGACGAGCAGGGCGCUCACAAAUCGUCGCCAUCACGCUCUACAGAAGAUCAGCGAGAGGAAGAGGAAAGUGCACCAAAGUCUGGCAGGCUUCAAGAACAUGAGGCCGCUGUGUCGUCUCUUUCUGCAGAAAGCUCCGCCCACCGGGAGAGCGCUGAAACGGGUGAGCCGGCAGUCAAGAAGAGGAGGUUGGAGGACAGGCAAACAUCUGUGGAGGCACUGGAAGAGGAGCUGAACAAGGACACUAGCGAGGAGGCUUCUAAGGACACAUAUGAGGAGUUGAUCAAGGACGCCAAUAAGGAGGCUGGAAAGGACACAAGUGAAACGCUUCUUGAGGACACUAGUGAGGAGCCUAUGGAGGAGACUAGUGAGGAGCCUAUGAAGGAGACUAGUGAGGAGCCUAUGAAGGAGACUAGUGAGGAGCCUAUGAAGGACACUAGUGAGGAGCUCAUAAAGCACUUGAGUGAGAAGGCCCCCACAGACGACACACUUAUAAAGGAGACAAGUGAAGAGUGCUUAAAGGACGCAAGUGAGGAGCCCAUGAAGGACACAAGUGAGUAUGUAAAGGACGCAAGUAAGGAUGGAAAGGACGCAAGUGAGGAUGGAAAGGACGCAAGUAAGGAUGCAAAGGAGACAAGUGCGGAUGCAAAGGAGGCAAGUGCGGAUGCAAAGGAGGCAAGUGCGGAUGCAAAGGAGGCAAGUGCGGAUGCAAAGGAGGCAAGUGCGGAUGCAAAGGAGACAAGUGCGGGUGCAAAGGAGACAAGUGCGGGUGCAAAGGAGACAAGUGCGGGUGCAAAGGAGACAAGUGCGGGUGCAAAGGAGACAAGUGCGGAUGCAAAGGACACAAGGGAGGAGCUUAUAGAGGACACAAGUGAGGAUGUAAAGGAGACAAGUGAGGAUGUAAAGGAGACAAGUGAGGAUGUAAAGGAGACAAGUGAGGAUGUAAAGGAGACAAGUGAGGAUGUAAAGGAGAUAAGUGAGGAUGCAAAGGAGACAAGUGAGGAUGCAAAGGAGACAAGUGAGGAUGCAAAGGAGACAAGUGAGGAUGCAAAGGAGACAAGUGAGGAUGCAAAGGAGACAAGUGAGGAUGUAAAGGACACACAACGUGAGGAUGCAAAGGGGACAAGUGAGGAUGUAAAGGACACACAACGUGAGGAUGCAACGGACGCGAGUGAGGAUGCAAAGGACGCGAGUGAGGAUGCAAAGGACGCGAGUGAGGAUGCAAAGGACGCGAGUGAGGAUGCAAAGGACGUGAGUGAGGAUGCAAAGGAUGCACAAAGUGAGGAGGCAAAGGACGCGAGUGAGGAGGCAAAGGACGCGAGUGAGGAGGCAAAGGACGCGAGUGAGGAGGCAAAGGACGCGAGUGAGGAUGCAAAGGACGCACAAAGUGAGGAGGCAAAGGACACAAGUGAGGAGGCAAAGGACACAAGUGAGGAGGCAAAGGACACAAGUGAGGAUGUAAAAGACACGAGUGAGGAGCUUAUAGAGGACACAAGUGAGGAUGUAAAGGACGCGAGUGAGGAGCUUAUAGAGGACACAAGUGAGGAUGAAAAGGAGACAAGUGAGAAUGCAAAGGAGACAAGUGAGGAUGUAAAGGACGCACAAAGUCAGGAUGUAAAGGACGCACAAAGUCAGGAUGUAAAGGACGCACAAAGUCAGGAUGUAAAGGACGCACAAAGUGAGGAUGUAAAGGACGCACAAAGUGAGGAUGUAAAGGAGACAAGUGAGGAUGUAAAGGAGGUACAAAGUGAGUAUGCACAGGAAACAAGUGAGGUUGUAAAGGACACAAGUGGGGAUGCAAUGGACACAAGUGAGAAUGCAAAGGACGCAAGUGAGGAGCUCACAGAGGACACAAGUGAGGAUGUAAAGGAGGUACAAUGUGAGGAUGCAAAGGAGACAAGCGAGGAAGUAAAAGACACAAGUGAUGAUGCAAAGGAGACAAGUGAGGAGCUUAUAGAGGAGACAAGUGAGGAGCUUAUAGAGGAGACAAGUGAGGCUGCAAAGAACACAAGUGGGGAUGCAAAAGAGACACGUGAGGAUGUGAAGGAGACACGUGAGGAUGUGAAGGAGACAAGUGAGGAUGUGAAGGAAACAAGUGAAGAUGUGAAGGAGACACGUGACGAUGUGAAUGAGACACGUGAGGAUGUGAAGGAGACACGUGAGGAUGUGAAGAUGACAAGUGAGGAUGUGAAGGAGACAAGUGAGGAUGUGAAGGAGACAAGUGAGGAUGUAAAGGAGACAAGUGAGGAUGUAAAGGAGACAAGUGAGGAUGUAAAGGAUGAAAGUGAGCAGAAGACAGACGCUCCUCCAUCACUGAGUGCAUGCGAAGGAAACGAGGAGAUGGACGGGCAGCAACAAGGCUCCGCCCCCAAGAAGCUAGCUCGCAGGGGACGACCACCAAAGACAGCGGAGCUUGCAGACGACGCAGAUAAAAAGGAGAAAACGCCAGGAGCCGAAAAGGAGCCGAAUGAGGACGACGAAGAGGAGGAGGAGGAAGAGGAGGAAGAAUGCGGUGAAAAGGACGAGGACGAGAAUGAGAUGGCGAGCAGAGCGACGACGCGAUCGGCUUCUCGCCUGGAAGCUGAAAGAAAUAAGCCGAGCAAGCCGUCCACGCGCGCCAAUCGACAGAGCGAGAAAGAGGAGAUGGCAGCAGCAGGAGCACGUGGGACCAGAGGCCAGGCGGCUGCCGCCAAGGGACCCCGCAAGCGGGAGGCCAGCCCCCCCGCCGUGCGAACACGAGGAGGGCAGAAGUCCGAGGAGACGCCGUCCAAGCGAGGGAAACGCUGAGGUCCCAGAAAGACGGCGACGUGGACUCCAGCAGGUUCCUGCGGUCGACUCCGGACUUCCUCGGCGUGGCAAGUUGUUACAUAUUCAUUCUGAGAAUGACAAUGGCAAAGUUUUUAUAUUUUUUAUACUUUUUUUAAGACUCCAAAAUUACUCAUUUGUUGCGAUCAACGGCGAAAUAAACUCCACGUGGUCUUG